AUGGACUUCGAUCCGCCACAAACACCUCAACGUGCCCGGCCGAGUAGAUUUAUCUACCCACCAGAAGUGUAUAGAUCCAGAGAGAGAGCUCAAGCGACUCUCGAGUCCAUCAUCAUUCCCUUCUUCAACCGCCUCGACUUCAUGUACUGGGGCCGCCCUGCCUACACGGGCUGGGAAUCCAUCCGUCAAACCCUCAACCGCAUCCAAGCGGACUACAUGCGCCACCUCACCGCGCACUUCUUCAUUUCACCCAUUGCAGAGCACCCCCUGGCGCUCUACAUACUCCGCCAUCAGAUGCGCUGGUUGAAACAAACGUUUGAGCAGGAACUCAUGGACAUUGAGGUUGAUCCCUUCAAUCGGGAGAUAUACCCGACGGAGGCGAUCAGGGCGAAUGCCAGGGCUGAAAAGCAUGCGUCGAGGUGGCAGCGGGUGAUAAGCACGAUGGUGCGGGACGGAAGCUGGAGGAGGGAUUGGGGCGAAUUGCGCUUGGAGAACUUUGUGAGGAUGAUGACGAAUCACAUGGUUCUUCUGGUCAGUUUGGAGUUGGAGAUGGUGGAGAGGGCGAGGUACAUGAGGGAGGGAGGGGAGAGGAAGAGGAGGGCUAGUUUUUGA